GAACGCCUCAUUUCGACUAAACGUCGUGUUGUUUUUACGUCACUUGUUGCGUCAUCACAAGUUGCGUCAUCACGGGGCGGGGAAACAGUCGACGAACAAAAUGGAGGAAUAUGCCAGAGAGCCGUGUCCCUGGAGGAUUGUGGAUGACUGUGGGGGUGCGUUCACCAUGGGGGCCAUUGCAGGAGGACUAUUCCAGGCAGUCAAAGGCUUCAGGAAUGCACCUGCGGGCAUGAGUCACAGAAUGAGAGGCAGCAUGACAGCCAUCAAAACCAGAGCGCCACAGCUUGGAGGCAGUUUCGCGGUGUGGGGAGGCCUCUUCUCCAUGAUCGACUGUGGCUUAGUGAAGGUGCGAGGGAAGGAGGACCCCUGGAAUUCAAUCACCAGCGGCGCCAUGACAGGAGCAAUCCUCGCCGCCAGGAAUGGCCCAGUGGCCAUGGUGGGUUCUGCAGCCAUGGGGGGCAUCCUACUAGCUUUGAUAGAGGGCGCCGGAAUCAUGCUCUCUAGGUUUGCCUCGUCACAGUUCCCAACAGGUCCUCAGUUUGCGGAGGAACCAGCCCCCACCUCAAUGCCCGCCGCCCCCUUUGGAGAUUACAGACAAUAUCAGUGAAGAGGACUGACCUGCUGCUGCCUUUUUAAAAUUCUUUCUGGAGUUCCAAAGAUAUUAAAGGCUGACAAUGAUUCGCGUAACCAUAGCAACCUCCUCCCCACCAGAUGAACAGAUACUGCAAAGGGACAUGUCGCCAUUGCUCAGCCUAAAUAUCUAUUGUACUUAAUAUCACUCGGAUACUUUUGUGUAAAUACGUUCAAAGCUUUCCCUCGCGCAUCUUUAUUCGCCUUAAGUACGCUUGAGGCACCCCACAUCCUCAUGAUCGCUUACAAUACAACUAUUCCAGAGUUAUUAGUUUGUUUUAAAGUGAUUUAUUUAUUUGUACAUUUACUGUUGGGAAUGCUGCUCCUGUGUGAGCAAUACUCAAAAGAUGGCGGAAGGAGUGGCGACAUGAUGUAUGCAGUCUAGUCUGUGUGAAGGACACAAUGUUUAUUGGCUGCCUCAGCAGGACUGCUCUUUGGCCACUAGAGGGCAGCCGUUUCAAAAGCACCAUUUUUGAUUGCAUAAAUAGGAUUCCCUUUGCCAUAAUGGCUUAAUAAAUAGUCCAAAAAGGAAGUGAACAGCAUUCUUGUGAGUGAUCCAAAUGUUGGUAUGUAUUUGAAUCCUUUCAUUUUGUACAGACUGGAGUUUGGAAAGUACCUUCACUCACUUCCUUGUUUUAGUACCAUGUUUCGUAGUACUGUUGGCCAAUUAGGGGAAAAUAUUAAUGAAUUAAGUCAUGUGAUCAAACUUACUAAUGAAGCCUGUGAGUUCCUGGUUUUAAAUUAGUCACACAUUUUUCUCAGAAGACUUAAGGAACUAUUACACACUGGAAAUAUUUCACUUGCAAAAUGUUUUUUGGGGGUAUUUUCUAUAUCAGUGGUAGCAGUCAACCACACAAAUGUAUCGUUUAUCAAGGUAGGAAGUUGAACUUUCACA